AUGGCCACUUUUGAUGAUAUCUUAGAAGAAGCUGGGAAGUUUGGCCGCUGCCAGAAGCGGAUCUUUGCCCUGCUGUGUAUGGUGUCCAUGCCGUUUGCAGGCGUGUACGUUGGCAUCGUCUUCCAGGGUUUCACCCCUGAUCACUGGUGUCGAGACCCUUCAGUGGUGGAGAGGAGGGAGGAGUGCGGCUGGAGCCUGGCAGACAGUCGUAGGCUGACGGUGCCUCUGGUCAACAUCUCUGGAGUGCUGCAGCAGAGCAGCUGCGAGCAGUACGAGGUGGACUGGAACACCACCGAGCUGACCUGUGACACAGAGGAGCUGCACCUCAACAAAACCCCCACAACCAGCUGCAAACAUGGCUGGGAGUACGACUACAAGGGAAGACGAUCCUUUGCUACUGAGUUUGACCUGGUGUGCUCAGAUGCGUGGUUGGUGGACAUGUUUCAGGCCACUGUGAACGUGGGAUUCCUGGUUGGAAGCAUUGCCAUUGGCUACCUUGCCGACAGGUUUGGCAGGAAAAUGAGCUUCCUCAUGUCCAGCUUGGUGAAUGGGAUUACCGGGAUCCUGGUGGCCGUGGCUCCAAACUACAUAUCUUUACUGAUUUUCAGGACACUCUACGGUUUUGGAGUGAAAGGAGGCUGGGUAGCUGGAUACGUGCUGAUCACAGAGAUCGUGGGGGUGGAGUUCAGACGUACAGUGGGAAUAAUUUACCAGACGUUCUUCAGUAUCGCCAUCCUCGUCCUCCCUCUGCUCGCCUACUACAUAACAGACUGGCGCUGGCUGCAGGUCGCCAUCACCGCCCCCUACAUCCUCUUCCUGUCCUACUACUGGUUCAUCCCAGAGUCUCCGAGGUGGCUCCUCUCUCAGAACAAAAAGUCCAAAGCAGUGAAGAUCACAGAGGACAUGGCCAAAGAAAACAAGAGGACUCUUUCCAAGAACCUCGAGACCCUGACGGAUGACAACACAGACUCCACCACCGCCUCCUUCAUGGACCUGAUCAGAACACCAAAAAUGCGAAAACACACUUUUAUUCUCAGUUAUAACUGGUUCACCAGUGCUGUGGUUUACCAGGGUUUGAUCAUGAGGCUGGGCAUUCUGGGAGGAAACGUCUACAUCGACUUCCUCAUCUCCGGCCUGGUGGAGUUCCCCGCCGCCUUCCUCAUCCUAUUCACCAUUGAGCGCAUCGGCCGACGCCUCCCCUUCGCCACGGCCAAUUUUGUAGCUGGAGCCUCCUGCUUCAUCACUGCCUUCAUUCCUGACAGCAUGUUCUGGCUUAAGACGGCGGUGGCCUGCAUUGGCCGGUUGGGGAUCACCAUGACCUUUGAGAUGGUGGUGUUUGUUAACACUGAGCUGUGCCCAACGUUUGUCAGGAACCUGGGAGUGUCCGUUUGUUCCACUCUGUGCGAUGUUGGAGGCAUCGUGGCUCCGUUCCUGCUCUACAGGCUGGCUGUGAUCUGGCUGGAGCUGCCACUCAUCAUCUUUGGGUUUCUGGCUUUCCUGGCUGGUGGUUUGGUGUUGCUCCUUCCUGAGACCAGAGGAGUGCCGCUGCCCGACACCAUCGAUGACAUUGAGUUCCCAGAAAAAGCGAAGGAGGUGAUCGCACUGAAGAACCAGCAGACGGUGAACCUGCUGCCCACUUACCAAAAUAUAACACCCAGCCGAGAUCAGGCAGCUGCUUAAGCUCCUUCAUAGACCAAAGUAUUCAUUUAUGUUAACAGUGUACUUUAACCAGAGGUGAUUAAAGUACAGACAUUCUUUACUUAAGUAGAAGUACAGAUACUUGUGUAAAUGUUGAAAUACUGAUUCAACUUCUUUACUUAAGUAAAAGUGAAAG